ACCACUCUAUUGUUUGAAUGGCGAAAGUUUGUUUCAUCUUGGUUGUAACUACGGUGGUGGUGCUUGGCUUGGCCGCCUCGACCGUGCACGGUCAAGGCACACGGCUCGGGUUCUAUCAUGCCAAGUGCCCGAACGCUGAAUCCAUCGUUAGAUCCACCGUCCAAUCCCAUUUCAUGAAGGAUCCCACUAUCUCUCCUGGGUUAUUGAGAAUGCACUCCCAUGACUGCUUUGUUCGAGGGUGUGAUGCUUCUGUGCUUCUUGAUGGUCCUGAUUCCGAGAGGACGGCUGUGCCUAACCUUACUUUGAAAGGGUUUGAGGUCAUUGACGAUGCCAAGUUGCAACUUGAAGAUGCUUGCCCUGGUGUCGUGUCGUGUGCUGAUAUUCUUGCUCUUGCUGCUCGUGACUCCGUUGUUCUGACGGGUGGAUUAAGAUGGGAAGUUCCGACCGGACGACGAGAUGGCAGAAUUUCAUUGGUUUCAGAAGUGAACUUGCCAAGUUUUUCCGAUUCCAUUGAAGUUCAAAAAGAGAAAUUUAGGGUAGUGGGUCUCAACACUCAUGACCUCGUCACUCUUGUAGGAUCCCAUACGAUCGGAACUGCAUCAUGUCGUUUUUUCAGUUAUAGACUCUACAACUUCACGACCACCACCGAAAGUGGCGCCGAUCCUACCAUUAACCCAUCGCUUGUCGGUCGGCUACGAGAACUUUGCCCUGAAGACGGAGAUGGCUCAAAUAGAGUCGAGCUCGACAUUGGUAGUCCCGAAAAGUUCGACCUGUCGUUCUACUCAAACUUGAGGCGUGGGGGUGGGAUAUUAGAGUCCGAUCAGAAGCUGUGGAACGAUGACUCUACUCGGCCGACCGUCCGACACUACUUGGGUUCGAGGAUUCUAAGGGGACGUUCCAACUUUAGAGUUGAGUUUGGGAAAUCAAUGGUGAAAAUGAGCAACAUUGACGUUAAAACUGGCAUUGAGGGUGAAAUCCGAAGGGUUUGCUCCGAGGUUAAUUGACGUGUUUAAGGUUUCAAUAUUCCAUGUGUUUUUUCAGUUUAAUCAGUUGUGUCGGAGUUUGUUAUAAAGUUUUUAAUCUCUUAUGUUU